AUGAACAAUGACGUCGAUGUAUUUUUGGGUCCUGUGUGUGAUUAUAGCUUAGCCCCAGUAGCACGUUACUCUCCCUAUUGGAACAUUCCUGUCAUUUCACCAGGAGGGUUUGCUCAUGAUUUUGGUGCCAACAAAACCGAGCCCGAUUCGGAAUACCCAGCUUUAACUCGAGUUGGUGUAACUUUUAAUUCCCUAUCAAUAACAAUACUAGAAAUUAUCAAACAUUUUCAAUGGAAACGUAUUAAGAUUAUUUAUGAUGGUAACUCAAUGGAAGAUAUUGCCCCACGGUUCUGUUUUCUUGGAGCCGCUGCCUUCGUUGCCUAUUUGGUAGUUAUGUGUACAUCAUUAGACUCGGCUAGAGAAUUAAUGAUCUCAGCAAGAAAACUGAAUUUUGAUAAUGGAGAAUAUGUGUUUAUUAAUGUUGAUUUAUUCAGUGGUAAAGAACAGAGUGAAAGGCCGUGGUAUAGAAAGAACGAUACACAUGAAAGGAAUGAAGAAGCAAGGAAGGCUUUUGAAAUAUUGAUGACUGUCAGACUGCGGGAACCAACGUCCAAGGAAUAUGUCAAGUUUUCACAGGCGUUUAAUAGCUUUAUUGGCAUUUUCCACGAUGCUGUUUUGAUGUAUGCUCAAGUUCUUAAUAAAAGUAUCGAGGCAGGAAACACGUUCCACGACAACAUCAAAUUAUCUCAAAGUCUGUGGAACCGAUCUUUUACUGGAUUAAGUGGUCAGAUAUAUAUAGAUGAAAAUGGUGACAGAUUAAUAGAUUAUUCUUUGUUGGAUCUGAAUCCACAUACUGGAGUAUUUGAGGUCGUGGCAAAUUACAUAGGAAGAGAAAAGAGAUUUGUUGGUGUAAAAGGUAAAACGAUACACUGGGGUGGUGGUAAUACAGGUCCACCUAAAGACAGACCAACUUGUGGUUUUGAUAAUGCUUUAUGUCCACAAGAAGAGCCGAUGCCAGAUUAUAUAAUAGUAAUGAUAGUACUUGGAUCAUUGUUGGUGUUGGUUCUCAUGGUUGUUUUACUCAUUUAUAGACAUCUGAAAAUGGAAGCUGAAUUAAUGAAAAUGAAUUGGAGAAUAAGAUGGGAUGACUUGAUGUCACAGACUAAAAAUCUUGCUCGUCAAGACAGUCGAUAUUUUACUCAAAGGAAACAUUCACUAAUUAGCACAGACUCCUAUGAAAAUAUUCCACUUUGUAAGCAAAGCAAGAAAGAAAAACAACUUUUUACCAAAACAGCUUUCUACAAGGGCUUAUUAAUAGCAGUAAAACCAGUAAAUAAAAAUAGUAUAUCUAUCAAUAAGUCACUACUUGUUGAAAUUAAACGAAUAAAAGAUUUACAGAAUGAUCAUAUUGUGAGGUUUGUUGGGGCAUGUAUUGACCCUCCACAUUGUUGUAUAUUAACAGAAUAUUGUCCUAAAGGUAGCUUACAGGAUGUACUGGAAAAUGAAAAGAUAAGUUUAGAUUGGAUGUUUAGAUAUUCCAUAAUGCAAGAUAUAGUAAGGGGAAUGAUUUAUCUGCAUGCCAGUGAAAUACGUUGCCAUGGGAACCUUAAAAGCACAAAUUGCGUUGUUGAUAGUCGUUUUGUGGUUAAAAUAACAGAUUUUGGCUUACGGCACUUCCGAGAAGAUAACAUGGCAUCAAUCGACGAAUUAGAUAAUACUAAUUCAUCUAGUCGAUGUAAACUAUGGACUGCACCAGAGAUUCUGAGAACAUGUAUUAAGAAUUUCAAUGGAACCCAGAAAGGCGAUGUUUAUAGUUUUGCUAUUAUUUGUCAAGAAAUUGUGUAUAGAAAAGGCGUUUUUCAUAUACAGAUGUUAAAAUUUAAUCCUCAUGAUAUCUUAAUAAAAGUACAGAAUGGUUUGAAACCUUAUUUUCGACCGACAUUAGAAGAUUAUGACUGUCCAUGUGAUGAGUUAGCGGGUAUUAUUAGGCGAUGCUGGUCAGAAGAUCCUACUGAAAGACCAGAUUUUCAAAGUUUGAAACAUAUCAUUAGGAAAAUGAAUAGGGAAGGUGAUAAAGGCAAUAUUUUAGAUAAUUUACUAUCCCGAAUGGAACAAUACGCAAAUAAUUUAGAAGCAUUAGUCGCUGAAAGAACAGCUGAUUAUUUAGAGGAAAAGAAAAAGACAGAAAACCUUCUUUAUUUGAUGUUACCAAAAUCUGUUGCUGGUCAACUAAUACGAGGUGAAACUGUUGCUGCAGAAACAUUUGAACAAGUUACCAUAUAUUUUAGUGAUAUUUGUGGUUUUACUGCUCUUUCAGCAGAAAGUACACCAAUGCAGGUUGUAAAUUUGUUAAAUGAUUUAUAUACAGCAUUUGAUUCUAUAAUUGAACAUUUCGAUGUUUAUAAAGUAGAAACAAUUGGUGAUGCAUAUAUGGUAGUAUCUGGACUUCCGGUUAGAAAUGGUAACCUUCACGCCAGAGAAAUAGCUAGGAUGUCUUUAGCUUUACUGAAGGCAGUUUUGUCGUUCCGUAUUAAACACAGACCAAACGAGCAGCUGAAAUUACGAAUCGGAAUACACACAGGUCCUGUUGUCACAGGGGUAGUUGGUUUAAAGAUGCCUCGCUAUUGUUUAUUUGGUGAUACAGUUAAUACAGCGUCCAGAAUGGAAUCGAAUGGACUUCCGUUGAAGAUCCACGUGAGCAGCAUUACAAAAUCUAUUUUAGAUACAUUCGGAUGUUUUCAUUUAGAAUUGAGAGGUGAAGUUGACAUGAAGGGUAAAGGAUCACAAAUAACAUAUUGGCUAAUAGGUGAAUCUGAUGAUACUUGUGUGUAGUAUUAAAUUAUUAUUGUUUAUUUAUAUUUUAUAAUAAAUUUAUUCUAGUAUUUU